GUUGCGUGCGAAGAGCUCGACAUGUCAUUCAGAGGAAUCCGCCACCUGAAGGGCGAGGAAGUGAAGGCGACUCAAUUGGGUAUAAAGCAUCAGGCAACAUCUGCCGCGAGCAGUACAAAGCUGACGAAAACAUCAGCUCGGAGCUUUUCGAUUGAUUUGAUUUUCCCGUGGAUUUAUCACUUGCCACUCUUGGGUGGGUACACCCCCCGGCCCCGGGACGCAUCUCUCUUUUUUUGUGCUUAAUGUGACUCCACUGCAAUACUAUACUGGACUUAACUGACAACCACAGCGUGUCUGGCGCACCUGUUAUCUCCACGGAGCGCAAGAUCAUGAUCCCUCCUGGAGACUGCAUGUACGCGGGCAGGAAGCGGAGGAAGCCCGUCCAAAAGCAGAAGCCGUCGUCUGCUAAUGAGAAAACGAACCCGUCCAAGCGGCACCGGGACAGGCUGAAUGCCGAGUUGGACCGGCUGGCCAGCCUGCUGCCGUUCCCGCCGGAUGUCAUCUCCAAACUGGACAAACUGUCUGUGCUGCGCCUUGCAGUUUCCUACCUCCGCGUCAAGAGUUUCUUCCAAGCAAAUCAAGACAAGGUGCCCAGGAAGCACAACAACACUGCAUCCUCCAACCCCGAACCCGGCAGGAAAGAAAGUGUCCCAAUGUGCACGGGCGUCAAUGAAAGCGGCCUGCUCUUGGAGUCUCUAACAGGAUUUGCCCUGGUGGUGAGCAGUGACGGAAUGGUCUUUUACGCCUCUUCAACCAUUGUGGACUAUCUGGGAUUCCAUCAGACUGAUGUGAUGCACCAGAACGUGUUUGACUACAUCCACAUAGAUGACCGCCAGGAGUUCCGAAGCCAGCUCCACUGGGCCAUGUGCCCUCGGCAACACCAGGGGGCAUCAGCACAUCAGGACGCCCAGCUCGCUGCAGGGACCGGUGACGAGUUUGUGGUGAGCAGCCUGUUCCACUCUCCAGAGGCGGGGGGCAUUCCUCCUGAGCUCUCCUGCUUUCUCAACAGAUGUUUCAUAGCAAGGGUCCGAUGCCUGUUGGACAGCACAUCUGGAUUCCUGACAAUGCAGUUUCAGGGUCGGCUGAAGUUUCUCCAAGGACAGAAAAAGAAGUCCGCCUCCGGGGCUCCGCUUCCUCCCCAGCUGGCUCUCUUCUGCAUAGCUGUACCCCUUUUACUGCCCUCCAUUACCGAAAUGAAAAUGAAGAACAUGUUAAUGCGAGGAAAGAACAAGAGCGGAGGAGGGAUUAUCUCGGCACUAGAGCACGGAGAUCGAGGGGAACACCUCCGAAGGCAUUCCUUCAGUGGAGGAAUGGGCGACGUAACAGACCCUCUCCUGCUCUCCUGUCCAGCCGCUGUUGGCACCCAGAGGGGCCAGCACACUCCCUGGACCCCACUCACCAAAGAUAACCUCAAGUUCCGCCCUGAUGGCUACUACAACCAGGAAGAGCCCCUCAAUUUCUGCAAGUCAUCAAUGUCUUCCCAUAAGGGCCUCGGUCCGGGCCUGGGGAGCGCUUGGCCCCUGCGACCAAACUCGGGGCACCUCAGAGCGGGCCAAGGGGUUGGCUACAUCCCAACUAACCGCUUAAACAAGGCCGGCCAAUACGGGAAGCCAUACCGCCUUUCCCCGAGCUGCCAUAGCGGCAGGAAUGGCGAGGUGUUUGUGUCGAAACUCUAUGGGAGCCUGCAGAUUCCCGCGGACCCGGACGCCUACUGCGUGGAUUUAGUCAAGAGUGAGAACGGCUACGGCGAAUGCUACGACGGCCAUUUGAUGCCGCCUAUCAAAGUAGAGCACGACUCCGACUCGGAGAACGGCUGCGAUCCGUUCGGGCGACCCUGGGCGCAUCGGGAUCCGGACGCGAUCGACCGUCGCUAUGGUAACGGGGCGUACGAUCAGAGCACCGGCGUCCAGCUCAAAUCCGAGGCGGAUUACUACGAUCUGCAGUACUCGCCCUGUCAACGGGGCAAAGCGGGGAUCAGCCCACCGUACAACAGCGGCAACUAUCAGAACUAUGCAGUGAACAACAGCGGACGUUUGUUAAAAUGUGACAAAGACUUGGCUAAUAACAACGACAACAGUCAGUUUAGCCCCCAUAGACUCUCUCACUCCCAGUGCAGUAAUCAAUCGGUCAACCUCAUUGACUCUCACGUCUACCAACAGGAGCCUCAAAAGCCCUACAUGCACCAGGACUUUGACAAGCACGGCACUUACGAGUUCAAAGGUCACGGGCUGAUCCAUUCCAUCAAAAGGGAGCCCAUUGACUCCCCGCCGUGGUCUGAGGGCGGCCAUGACAUGAGCCAGCCCAUGAUGGUUGCUCCAAGGAACAUUAUGUCAUGUGUGAGCACGGGGCAUCACAAAUCCAGCCCUUACGUUUAUAUGCCCUAAAAAAGUGAGUUGCGCAUCACCCGCUCUCAUUGACCACACACACACACACACACACACACACACACACACACACACACACACACACACACACACACACACGCGCACACACACACAAAUGUAGUGUAGUGUUCCUGUUGUCUGACACAUACCAGCAUAAAAUGCAAAACGUCAACAUUCUUCCAUUUGCCGAAGAGGUGACAAGCGAGGCUCAGGUUCUAAGUGUUAGUGUUGUGACAAUCAAAAACUGAAUCCAAUUGAUGACUUUUUAUCCUUUGCAGGUUUUCCAAGCACUUUGGCAUUUAGUGACAAUGAGUCGGAUAAUGUCCAGACGUACCAUUUAUUUCACGUGUCGUGCAUACCCAUUGUUUGACGUUUUCGCUGUGAUGUUGUCAACCAAUUUGGAUUCGGUCCGCAGCAGAUGACUCACCUCUGCCACCAUUCACCUCUGUUUUUCUAUCCGAAUGUGCUCGAAGAUCUCUGGACCUUAGUGGUAGUUUUGCAUGUUUUAGCACUUUAACUACAAAUCGCCCACAAAUGAAGAACACUGGGUUUGCUUAUAUGCAUUACAGCAACGCGCUACACAAGCUUGCAAAGACAUGCAGUUAAUACAUGUUGGAUCAUUGGAGAAUAGUUCCAAAAUAUUAAGCGGGACCUCUGAGGUCAAACGCAAUCAUUUCUGAGAUGCUGGUCGACUUUGUUUACAUUUACACCCUCUUCCCAUGGAAAAGAAUCGAACUAGUAAACUACUGCGGUGUACUCGUAACAUUACUAGUUCCAACUAGUAGGCAUUUGUCACACACUAGCCUGCUGGACACUGUAAAACAAAAAAACUCACUGUUAAAAAAAUAAUAAUAAAAAAGUGAGGUCAAAAUUUCACGGAAUACGAACUUUGAUAAAAAUUUUACGUUGAGCUAUUCAACUAAAUAUUUCAAGUCAUGCUGAAACAGUCAUUUAAUUAAGUUGUUCCACCUUAAUUAAAUGACUGUUUUAGCCCCCCCACCAUUUUUUUUUUAACAGUGUCAGUUUCCAAAUCCAAACAAAUGAAAAGUGGACCAGCAUCCCACAAAACAGGAACCCGACAGUAUUGUUGACUCUACAUGAUGCAAUUUGCAGUUGACUGACCAAAACAUGUGAAAGUGGAAUUCUGUUACAGCUUUAAAUAAUUUUCACUACACUUGGUUAACAAAUAAAACUGCCUAUUGGUAGGAUUGAAGUGCAUUAGAAAAGCCAUAAACACAAAACGGUAAUUUGGCUCUGAGUUAAAGGGUGCUAAUUGGCACCCUUUUCAAAACAUCCGUCAUUGAACACGUGAUGGUCACUGCGAGUGUCAAAAAAGACGGCGAAAGGGCUCAACAAGCACAUUGUCAAUGGUGGAAGUUUUCUGAACUCAAGUUAGUUUCAAGUGAAGGAGCAGGUCCUCUGUUGUUGACAUUUUAGUCUUCUGUCAAAGCGCACAGUAGCAUCUUGACCUUAGAAAUGUUAUCGUUUCAUAUUUUCAUGUCACAACUUACGUUGUACAGUUUAGUGUUCACUGAAGAUCAGCAUUUCAUUGCAGACUUGACACAAUCUUUUUUUUUUCCUUUCCUGUUGAUGAUGUGGUUCGGUCAGACAACAGACGUGGUCUUCACAAUCCAUGUUUUUGCACAAUGAAACGAAAAGCACCAAAUUAACGCGACGUCACAGCCCCAGUUCGGUGGCGUUGCUGUGGUAGCUUCAAAAAUUGCACUACUGAGAGUAGUUCAGUUGAAGUUAUUCUUAUUGUUUUUCUUUGAAUUAGUAAACACACAUACACGUGUACAUUGUGUCACUGUUCUGAAUUCGUCUUGCUCAAUGUGUGUGCUCAUUUCAAUAAAUGUUUGAUGAUUCAUAUUUAUUGUAAGGCAAAAGUGUCUAAUUUAAAAGCUGCAGUUUGAAGGCUUUUCUCUUUGUGUAAGGUCAAUCCAUGUGGCAUUUUCUUGCUACCAUUUUGAUAACUGUUAAAGAGAAAAAGAAAAUGCCCUACUUGUUCCAUUGAGUAGGUAGCUGCAAAGUAGUGAACACGGUGUAAAUAUGCAAUGUCUUCCAAUGUUUCUACGUGUUUUUGCAAAUGAGACUUAUCUAUUAAAAGACUUCUUUAUAUGGAAAA